UCCGGCUCUUCCAUUGCCGGCGGAUGAGGCCAAGAUGGCGGCGGUGGCGGCGCUGCGGGCGCUGGAGAGGCUGUGCCGCGUCGCCCUCUUCCUCUCGCAGCUCUACGUCCUCUCCGGGCGGGGUUCACUGAGCUUAGAACACUCUCAUCCACAAGCUCAGCUGGCAAAGGUUGCAGUAGUACCUACAAGCACACACAUUCCAGUGUCUAAAGUAUCAGAUUUUAAUUCUUCAGAAGCCACAGCGACCCCAUCGUAUAUGACCCAAUGCCCUAGUAAUGGACUGUGCAGCCGACUGCCUCCAGGAUGUAUGGACUGUGAAACAAAUUGCUCCUGCAUCUAUGGCAAAACUGCCAUUUUUGAAUGUAAAGCCAGAUCCCAGGUCCACUGUGUUGAUGAGAAAAACAAUCGUCCAGAAACUUUCACAAUCAACAUGACUUGCCAGCUUUGCUGGCAGCUCCCUCCAUCAGAUUAUGUCUGUUCCAAUCCUACAAACUGCAAAACGGUCUCUUGUCCACGAGAACGAUAUAGUGCCAAUUGCACGGUGCGGGAUCAUAUUCAUUGUCUGGGUAACCGUACUUUUCCCAAGACUUAUUGUAACUGGACAGGAGGCUAUAAAUGGUCAACUGCCUUGGCUUUAAGCAUCACACUCGGCGGUUUUGGAGCUGAUCGUUUCUAUUUGGGCCAGUGGCGAGAAGGUCUGGGCAAACUCUUCAGUUUUGGAGUGGGAAUCUGGACUCUCAUAGAUGUACUGCUCAUAGGUGUUGGUUAUGUGGGCCCUGCCGACGGCUCACUUUACAUCUAACCAUCAAUGCAAGAAACGUCAGAGAUGGAUUGCACUUGGAAACACACAAACUGGACUUAAAAAAAUACACCUAGGAGCACUUGUUCCAUAUUUCACAUUAUUUAUGUACAGCAUCUGUACUUAGACUGCCUUUAACUUAAGGUGAAAUUAAUGAAUGGAUCAUUGGGUGAUGGGUUUUUUCUGGAGUUUCCUUUUGGCUUUUUAAAUGCACUUAAUUUUUUUUCUAUGAAAAAAGGUGUUUUAAGUUGUGCAGUUCUGUUUCUUAGACAGAUGUAGACUAAUUCACUACAUGUGUAGCAAGUUCCCUUUUUAUCAUCAAUUUUUAUUAAAUGUUUUCAACAUAAAAUACAAUAAAAGCCAAACUAAUCUAGAGGAGAGAAAUAAGAAAAAGGAAGAAAAUAAAGAAGAGGAGAAGAGAGAAAGUAUCUUUCUGCUACCCCCUGAGAAAUCCACGAGUAAAUCCAAUUUUACAUUUUCAUUUCCGAGAACGGUACAUGCAGUGUAUGUGUUAAUUUAACUUGAUACUUUGGCUCCUGCAGGACUGAAUGUUGCAUUAUUAUUGCUAGUUAACCUUAGAAGUUGAGUCUUCUAAUAUAAUGACUGUAAUAAAAUUUUCUUUCACCACA